AGUUGGUGCGUAACGUCGACCAGAAGCGUAGAGAGGGGGAUUGCUGGAAACAUUCUGCAGGAGCGGAUGGACCGAUAAAUAAAGAUAUUCACAAAGGAAGUUAAUUUCAGCAUCCCAUGUAAGAACAACCUCAGGAGGAUCAAUGUCGUUUCUUCGCUGGGUAACUGAGAAACUGAGUGUGGAGAGCCUGCGGGAUCUGGAGUUAUUUGGAGAGCAAGCUCAGGGAUUCUCACACAGGAAACCCCAUGAGGACAGUGAGGAGAGUUUGAGCUCGCUGCCACGCCGAGACACGAUGGGCUCCUUCCUGCCAGACAGCGGCUCAUACGAGCUGCUCACCGUUAUCGGAAAAGGCUUGGACGACCUGAUGACUGUGAAUCUGGCUCGUUACAAACCCACUGGAGAGCAUGUGGCCAUUCGUCGAAUCGACUUGGAGUCGUGCACCAACGAUAUGGUCACCUACCUGCAGGGUGAGCUACAUGUGUCAAAGUUGUUUCAUCACCCCAGCAUUCUGCCGUACAGAAGCGUCUUUAUAGCAGAAAACGAGCUUUGGGUCAUCACACCGUUCAUGGCUUAUGGUUCAGCUAGAGAUCUCAUCUGCACUCACUUUUCGGAUGGGAUGAGUGAACUCACCAUUGCGUACAUUCUGCUCGGCAUGCUAAAAGCUCUUGAAUACAUCCAUCACAUGGGAUAUGUACACAGAAGUGUGAAGGCCAGCCAUGUUUUGAUAUCUGCAGACGGACAGGUCUGCAUGUCUGGUCUGCGGAGUAUUUUCAGCCUCAUCCGUAACGGCCAAAGGGCCAAAAUGGUUCAUGACUUCCCUCAGUACAGUGUGAAGGUGCUGCCUUGGCUGAGCCCUGAAGUGCUACAGCAGAAUCUGCAGGGAUACGACUUUCGAUCAGACAUCUAUAGCCUUGGCAUCACGGCCUGUGAAUUAGCCAAUGGACACGUGCCGUUCAAAGACAUGCCAGCUACACAGAUGCUUCUGGAGAAGCUGAACGGAACCGUGCCUUGCUUGCUGGAUACCACCACGAUUCCCCCGGAGGAGCUGUCGCUCAAGCCGUCCCGCUCCGCUGCCGACUCGGGGAUCUGCGAGGGCCCGAGAGCCGGAGGGCCCCGGCACUCAAACGGAGAGCCGUCUUCAUCCUCCGGAGGACAUCCGUACAACCGCACAUUUUCCCCCCAGUUUCAUAACUUUGUAGAGCUGUGUCUGCAGCGAGACCCGGAAAACAGACCAUCUGCUGCCACUCUUACUGGACAUCCUUUCUUCAAACAGAUCAAACGUCGGCCGACGGAGGCGCUGCCUGAGCUGCUGCAGCCGGUGUCGCCCAUCACUUGCUUCGAGAGCUCCGGGCCGCAGGACUCCGUUUCUGGACUGGCGAGUCUGGAGUCUGGCCUGAGCCACCUGGAGGUGGACGACUGGGACUUCUGACAGCCAAGGACUCAACAAGCAGUGGACUGGAUGGAGAAACUCUUCACUGAGGAUGGGAUUUGUUAUGUCAUUGAUCUCCUUUUAAAUUGUUUCCACUGUAAUUUAAAAGGAAGUUUUUAUUCACAGACAAAUUUAAAGCUAACAGUAUCAGGGCUGUUGUGAAAAAGUGGGCAUGGAGGAGUAAAUAUCUGCCUAAUUACUCACCAAUUUACAAGAAAAAAACGUGGAAAGUUGUAAAUAUUUAGGAAUAAAAUUUUAAUUUUCCACUCUGACAGCCAAUAAUUUAUGUUAAAACUUGAAUAUUGUGACAUUAUGAAGUCAAAUGUGUAGGAAAAAAAUCUGAAUUUUACCAGGUGAAAUCUCAGAUAAAAUCAGAUAAAAAAAUAUAAGAAGUCUUCUAAGAAUGAGUUGUACCUGAGUUUUUCUUCUGAAUCAAGAGCAUCUCUGGUCCAAAUUUUACUGCUUAAGUAUUUUUAUUGCAAAUGUCCCACUUUAUGAUCUCAGAGAAAUUAUUUUUGUUUUCUUCUUUACAAAUUUUUGGCUUUACAAUGUCAAAAGAAGAUAAAAUGUAUGCCUUCUUGCAAAUUUACAUCUUAUCAGAACAGGUUUUUUUUCUUGUAAAUAUAUUAAUCUCACCUUUUAGUUUUUAGGUGGAAAUUUACUCCACCAUGACCAUUUAUUUUCUUCUAAUGGUCCCAAUACUCUGCAUCUUGAUGUCUUGCUCAUGUUCUGUUUUCUAGAUGUGCACAAACUCACACGGCACUGAAGGCCUGAUUACGGUUCACUAAAACACAAAAUGCCAUUUCUGAGUCGAUCAGAAGCUGCUUGAUAUUUUUUCAGGAACACUUAUUUUGCAUUUAAAUGGUAACUUUAUCAUUUCCCACAGAUGACUGUUACUGCCUUAAAGCAGAUGGAAAUGUUCUUGAUUAACUUACUGAACAAACUGGAUGUAAAUGGGUUUUUUCACUUG